CUGCGGGGUUAGGGGAUGCAGCUCGACCCGUCCCCGGGGGCUCCGCGGGCGGCCCCGGCGCGGGCAGCGGCAGAGUCCGCAGCGAGACACUCGUGUCUUCCAGCGAGAAGCGCCAGCGCGGCGGGGAGAGGGGGAAGAUGAGCCCGGCCCGCGCCCGCGGGAGCCGCAGCACCCAGCGCUGAGCCCGCUCCGGCGGCCGCCGCCAGAGCCGGAGAUGGCCGCGGACUCUACAAUCCCCAUCUGGCAGAACAAACCCCAUGGCUCAGCACGCAGCGUUGUCAGGAGGAUUGGGUCAAACCUCCCUUUAAAGCCCUGUCCCAGAGCAACCUUUGAGGUUCUACCAAAUGUUUCAGAGCUGUAUUUAAGUGAUGUCCCUCCAGUCCCCACUUUGGCAGACAUUGUGUGGAUAGCAGCAGAUGAUGAAGAAACAUACGCCAGAGUCAGAAGUGACACUCGUCCGCUGAAGCACAAGUGGAAGCCAAGUCCCUUCACUGUUAUACAGCGAAAUGCUUCAGUCCCCAACCUGAGGAAGCAGGAAGAGAAGCUGCUUGCCUUGAAGAAGCCUGGUUUACCAGCACUGAGCCGAACAACAGAGCUCCAGGAUGAGCUGAGUCACCUUCGUAGUCAAAUAGCUAAAAUAGUUGCUGCAGAGUCAGCUUCUUCUGCAUUAACACCAGACUUAUUAUCUCCAGGAAGUUCAAAUGCGUCUUCUCCUUUACCUUGUUUUGGACCCUCUUUCCAAUCCACAACUUCCUUUGUCAUUAGUGACAUCACAGAGGAGGAGGCAGAGCUGGAAAGCCCCGAGCUCCCUUCAGUCUCCAUGCUUUGUUCUACAGCCUCUGAGUGUUGUAAACCAGACCCAAAGGAUCCCGAUGAGGAAGAUUCAGUAUCUCUGUCAAAGGCCAGCAGUUUUGCAGACAUGAUGGGCAUUCUUAAAGACAUUCAUAGGAUGAAGCAGAGCAAAGACUUAAACCGAACUUCAAUGAAGGAGGAAGAUCCAGCUGUUCUUAUAGCAGAAGUUCUGAGAAGAAAAUUUGCUCUAAAGGAUGAAGAUCUGACCCUGAAGGAGAAGUGAUGCCACUGUCCUUAAACUCUAAAAUAAAUCAGGCUGGUUUCUGUGAGCAAUGAUCCGGUUGCCCUCAGUGUCCUGGGUGAAGCUGAAGAUGCAGCAAUCCUCUCCCACUCCACUGAAGGCUUUGCUCUUGCUGUGGGACUCCACUUGGAAGACCCAAGGGUCUGGCAAAGGAGCCGGGGAAGCCAAUGCUUUCUGUGCACGAUGCUGGGGUGUGACCUGCACUGUCUCCUCCUCAGCCUCAAGGGAUUGUUUCUGAGCUUCCUCCACUUGUGGCAAAGCCAAGAUCUUCACAGGGCAGGCAGGUAAACAAAUACUUUUUCCUUUACAGUCUUUAUUCAGGGUGAAUGGGUAUGGCCUGCAGUUUUCUUUGUCUUUUUUGUCUGAAAACAACAUGGAAUAGGUUAAAGCCAGAGGUGGCACACAUAUUUUUCAGGGUUAGUCACUACUCACAGUACCAUUCCUCAAUGCCCAUCUGAGUGCUGCCACUUAGUUGCUCCUUCCAGUAACACCACAGUCCAACCUACACCAGAGAGCACACCUGCUGCCUAACUAUCCAUGUUUGUGCUGCUGAGGCUGUGGUGGAAUGGCAGCCUAAAACACGGUGGCAGUUCAAAAAAGCAAACUUCCUUCAAGUGAGACGCAAGGACCACACCUCCAACAGCUCUGGCCUUUGGCUCCUCUGCCUGCCUCCUCACAGCUCCCCAGGCAGUUCACCCAUGAUAUGCCCUACAAAAGCAGCAGCUCAAGAGUUACCAAAUAAAACCCCACAGUGAAACUUCUCCAGCUGGUGUUCAUCACCUGAUGAAGGCAUCAAGCCCCAUAUUUGCUUCUGAAACCAUUUCAUAUAAAAUCUGAUACAACUGCUCAAUAGAAGCGAGCUCACCCUUGAUUCAGGAUGAGACAAAAACAAUAUAAACCCUGCAGCAUGUUCAGUCCUGCACACUCUUGAGCCACAGCAGUGUCCCGUGAAUCCCAGACACACACAGUGAGCAAGGGAAUGUGAUCAGUUGAGACAAACCAGAAAAUGGUAAGAACACACACACACAUCCAGAAGGAGUAGGAAUAACAAAUCCAAAGCAAAACCCAUCAAUGGCCCUGUCACAACACAAAAAAAACUCAAAUAAAUUGUACAGCUUA